AUAACAUACACCUUAGGAAAAACCAUUGUUAUACAUGGGAAAUCAUUUCUUGGCAACAGCGCAUCGGCUCGUCUACUUUCAUCGCUAUUCGUACAUAUUUCCUACCGUUAACGCGCACCUGUAUCAGGAAUGAGAAUAAUAGGCAGAUACGCUGUGUUGCCAAUUUGAAUAGAGCUUCCCGAAUUGUGGGGAAUUUAG